CGCAGCUCAUCCAGCUCCCCAUGUUGGGCUCCCUCCAGCACCUCCAGCCCAACCCGCAGCAGCAGCAGCAACAGCAACAGCAGCAGCAAAAUACCCAGCAACAACAGCAGCAGCAGCAGCCAGGCAGCAUCCCCCCGCCCCCGCCACAGAAUGGCCAGGACUUCACCCUCUCCAGCGUUCUACACUUUCUCCAGACAGAAUGGAGGAGAUACGAGCGCGACAGGAACGAGUGGGAGAUCGAACGCGCAGAGAUGAGGGCCCGCAUCGCCCUCCUCGAGGGAGAGCGCCGCUCGUUCGAAAAUGUCAAACUUGAUCUCAUGCGCCGCAUAAAAAUGCUCGAGUACGCACUCAGGAUGGAGCGCUCAAAACAGCUCUCCCAACCUGCCUCUCAGAGCGUGCCCCCUUCGAAACUCGCCAUUCUUCAGGCCCAAGGUUCAUCGUCGCAGAAGGACGAAGGAAGCCACAAGGAGGGCAGUAGUGGCAGUUCACCCAGGAGUGAAGACUCGCCCUUGCCACCCGAGGGCCGCAUGGGCAAUGGCGUCGCUCCCGGUCGACCGCCAUCUUGGGCAGGCAGCAACUGGCAAGCUGGCCCGCCCGGCGCCCACGGUCCAUUGGGCAAACCACCUCCAGGUCGUGACCCGAAGAACAGGGCGAGGAGUCGCGAUUAUCUCAAGCAAUGCCUGCAAGAGAUAUCCUAUCUGACAUCCCCACAAGCCAUGAACCCUUUACCGAACCGCCCGCUGCUUAACAACUCGUCGCUUCCUCUCGCACUGCCUAACGUUCCUGCCUUCGAUCAGAUAUACAAUGGUCGUCCCCGCAAGAUGAUGCCCGAGGCGGGCAAGGAGUUCCCUGUCAUGAACGGUAUGAACCUCAUGUCCGGUCCAUCCUCUGCUCCUGCGUCUGGCCAGCUGGAGCGCAGCAAUCCGCUCGGAAGUAUGUUUCAGAAUCCGAACGGCCAAGACGGGCAGAACAAUGGGCAGGGUAACAUGCCCCAGCGGCCCGCGUCCGCGCAGCAAGGACAACCACCACCUCAGCAGCAGCCUGCACCCCAGCAGCCGCCCCCGCAGGUCCCAAGCCAGCAGCAGAAGCCUAUGAGGGAGGAUGACAACUUCGAGGCGAACCAGACGACGGCCAUCUUUCGCCCGGAUGACAAGGGCGAAUGGAGGGAGAAGCUCCGAUCCUCCUACGAGCAGCAGCUGAACCGAGGCUUUGGGGACGAACGCGGGGAACAACUUUCCGGUGUAUCAUCAUGGGAUAGGAGGGUUCGCGAGGAGGAUGAGGAAACCAAGGAGGAGACUGAUCUUGACGAUGAUGACGCCACAGCGAUUGGUGAAGAGGGCGCAAAGACGUGGAAGGCGAAACGGACAUUCAGAAAUCACCUGGACGCUGUCCGUGCCCUUGCAUUCCAUCCGAAUGAGCUGUGCUUGGCGACUGGUGGCGACGAUUGCACCGUGAAAAUAUGGAGGAUGGAUGUUUCCAGCCUCACAUCAUCUGCCGCUCGCCCAACCACCGAGGUCGAACCCCAGCUGACCCUGCGCGGCCACUCGGCCGCCAUCACGCGUCUGGUCCACUCGCCAUCGAAGCAGCUGCUCUACUCCGCGUCGCUCGACUCGUCGAUCCGAAUCUGGGCGCUGCCCUCGCCGUCGCACACGACAUACGCGCCGUACGACGAGACGAGCCACCGCGGCGAGCUGGUCGGCCACACCGACGCGGUGUGGGACCUUGCGCUUGUUCGGGACGAAAGCACGCUGAUCAGCUGUGGGGCUGAGGGGAUGGUUAGAGUGUGGGACGUGAGCGGGCCCUCGGGCGGUGGGUCGCUAAAAUUGAGGUGGGGAUACAAUGGGCUGGAUGGCACGGAACCCGAAUCGGAGGACGCGGAGGCGCCGGGUGCGACCGCCGUCGAGGCUAUCAGGGCGGAUUUGAAGAAGGUUGCCGUGGCGUACACGAAUGCGGUCGUGAAGGUGUUUGAGAUUGAGAGUGGUAGGGAGCUCGUCAAGCUGGCGACAGACGCGACGUAUGAUGGCACUUCUGCAACGCAGGUGAACAAGAUUGUUUCGCAUCCGACUAUGUCCUUCCUCGUUACCGCGCACGAGGACAAGUUUAUACGGAUAUUCGACAUCAUCACAGGACAAUGCACGCACGCAAUGCCUGCACACCUCGACGGUGUCACGUCGCUCUCCAUCGACGCUGCCGGCUUCUCGCUCGUCUCGGGGAGCCACGACUGCUCGGUGCGGUUCUGGGACCUGCUCGGUUCGCGGACGUGCACGCAGGAGAUCACGACGCACCGCGAGAAGGCGCGCGAAGGGGUGCUCGAUGUUGAGUUCCACCCCUCGCUGCCGUUCAUGGCCAGCGCGGGCGCCGACGGCGUCGUCAAGCUGUUUUCUUCGUCGUAAUCAGUAAGCCCGGGUAAUCUGUUCUGCAGCGGACUUGUCGCCCCGUCGUUGCACGUCUUCUUUCCUUCCUUUCGCACACAAGGCCCGAUGAAUAUAUCGUAUAUACAAUAGAAGCUUUCGAAAUCUCGAUGAGGCCCCACGCGCGCAUCCAAGGACGGGAAGGCAACAUGUUCUUUUUUCUUUUCCUUUUUCCGUCGUAUCUUCUUUGUUCGGCUAUCGCUUGUUCAAUGCUGUUAAUGUUAUUCGCC